AUGUCCUGUCUCCCGGGCGCCGGCCACCGAGCAGCUGCCCCAGCCCCGGACACAGAGGCAGAGUGCAGCAUGGACGUCAUCCUGGUGGGCUCCAGCGAGCUGUCAGCCCCCCCUUCGCCCGAGCUCCACAGAGAUCUGAUUGCAUAUGAAGUCAAGGCCAACCAGCGAGCCAUAGAAGACGUGUGCAUCUGCUGCGGAAGCUUCCAGGUGCAUGCACAGCACCCUCUGUUCGAGGGAGGGAUGUGUGCUCCCUGCAAGGACAAGUUCCUGGACUACUUCUUCCUGUAUGACGAGGACGGUUACCAGUCCUACUGCUCCAUCUGCUGCGCGGGAGAGACGCUGCUCAUCUGCGAAAACCCCGACUGCACCCGGUGCUACUGUUUCGAGUGCGUGGAUACCCUCGUGGGGCCGGGAACCUCGGGGAAGGUCCAGGCUGUGAGUAACUGGGUGUGCUUCCUGUGCCUGCCCUCACCCCAAAGCGGGCUGCUGCAGCGGCGCAGGAAGUGGCGGGAGCGGCUGAAGGCCUUCUACGACCAGGAGUCGGAGAGUCCCCUGGAGAUGUAUAAGACUGUGCCUGUGUGGAAGAGAGAGCCAGUCCGGGUGCUGUCCCUUUUUGGAGACAUCGGGAAAGAGCUGACCAGUUUGGGCUUUUUGGAAAAUGUUUUUGGCUCAGGAAGACUGAGAUAUCUUCACGAUGUUACCAAUAUAGUGAGGAGGGACGUGGAAAGCUGGGGCCCAUUCGACCUUGUGUAUGGCUGCACGCCUCCCCUCGGCCAGGCCUGUGACCGCCCUCCCGGGUGGUUCCUGUUCCAGUUCCACCGCGUCCUGCAGUACUCGAGGCCCCAGCCCGGCAGCCCACAGCCCUUCUUCUGGAUGUUCGUGGACAACCUGGUGUUGACCAAGGACGACUGUGCCGUAGCCACACGCUUCCUGGAGACAGACCCUGUGACCAUCCGGGACAUCGGCGGCAGGGCCGUCCGGAACGCCGUGCGUGUGUGGAGCAACAUCCCGGCCGUGAGGAGCCGGCACUCGGCCCUGGUGCCCCAGGAGGAGCUCUCCCUGCUGGCUCAGGACAGGCGGAGAGCGAAGGCCCCCGCCCCGGGCCCCGCUGCCCUGGUCAAGAGCUGUUUUCUCCCCCUGAGAGAGUACUUCAAGUAUUUUCAACAGAACUCGCUUCCUCUUCAUAAGUGA